AUCCAAGAGCUGCAGACCAGCCUAGAGCAGAGCAAGUCCCUGGGAGAUGAGCAGAAGGCCAAGUGGGAGCACCAGUUGGAGCGGGAGCAGUCACGACUCAGCAAAGAGAUGCUGGAGGCUGCCAACGACUACGCUGUCAAGAUUGCUGCGAUGGAGAAGAUGCACGCAGGGGAACUUGAGAGGCUGGAAGCUCAGAAAGAUCAAGAGAAACUGGACCAAGAGAAGACGCUUCACACCAAGCACCUGGAGGAGCUGCAGGGUCAGAUGGCUGCCCACAGAGCCGCGCUUGACAACGCCUCCCAGCUGGAGAAACGACAGAGACAGGAGGCUUUGGAUGAACUCAAGGGGCGACAUGCGCAAGAGAUGGAGGAACUGCGAUCCCAGUUGGAACUGCAGAAACAGCUGGACAUUGACACGAUCAAGAAGAACCACGCGGCGGAGAUAUCAGCUGCUCGGAUGGAGCUUGACCGAGCGGUGGAGAUCUCCCGACAGAAGGAUCGUGACCACCAGAUGCAGAUGGAAGAGCUGCGUACAGAGAUCGGGCACAGGGAGCAGCACAUCAAAAACCUGCAGGAACAGCUCCGGGCGCUUCAGGCGGAGAUAAACAGGCUCAAACAGGAGAUUGACUCCAAACUGAUGGAGAUCAAACAGGUGCACAAGCAGGCCAGUCAGCAGCUCAGGGUGCAAGAAGACAAGUUGACCAAACAGCAGCAGCAGGCACUUGACAAUAUGAGCGCUGACCAUCUGCGUGAGCAACAAGAAAUGCUUGGGCAGUUCACCGCAGCACAGGAGAUGCUAAAGGACAAGAUAUCAGCCCUACAGAUAGAGCUCCAUGAGGCACAAACACGAUAUGAGCAGAGGGAGUCACGACCGGACGACUUGGAGCUUAUUGAGUCGCUGCGCUGUGAGGUUUCUGAGCGGGAAACAAGAAUCAAAGACUUAAUUGAUGAAAAGAGAUUCUAUCAACUUGAAUUGGUGAACAGAGAGACAAACUUCAACAAGGUUUUCAAUUCAUCUCCUAAUGUUGGAGUCUUAAACCCUUUCAGCAAGCCUAAGAAGAAGGGUGAAAAGGGCCCUAGUCUAACCAUGGGAGCUGCUGGGAGUGGAAGCCAUCAACGUCUGGAUCCCCUCCCAGGCUCACCCCUGCAUGAUGGCAAACUUAACCCUACCAAGCCGCUGCCGCAGCCAAACUUCACAAAAAAAUUUGUGAAAUGAUUGUACAUCAAAAUCUGUGAAAUAACUGACAUAGAUGUAAACUUAAUGCGCUCCUGUGAUAUCAAGUGAGGGAACUGGAAAGAGACAUCUGUAUUUUGUUUGUUACUUUUCUAUAAAGUAGUUUAUUCAAGAAACUGGACAUGUUAAAUUUUUUUCAUUUCUGAAGUGACAGUAUGUGUCCUGCCCUUUGGUAUAUGAUGUCAAACAUCUGGGUUUUUUAACUUUGUUUUACUUUCCGGAAUUCUUCUCCUGCCCAGAUGCCACCCCCAACUGAUAGAAAAAACACUUUAACCAUUUCCUGUUCACAUAUUUAGCAAGCAGUGGGGGCCCAGUUGUUCAGUCUUUGUGCUCAAAGCAGCCUUCCAGUGUUCUCAAUAUUUUGCACUUUGUAGAUUUAAAAGUUAUUUCUGACUGUUGAGGCCAGUGUAACACACAUUCAUUUCAAGAAAUGAAAACUAGGCUAAAGUAGAAUGUCAGUAACCUUUUUCUAUCAUAACCUCUGGAACAUGCAAAGUGCCUGCCCAGCUGGUUUGUGCUGGUAAGCACUAGCACUGCAUUUUUUGUUCCUGCUGGUGUUGGCCUACAAAACAGGAAAGGGUUCAUGCAGCAGCUGGAUGGUCAGAACAGAUUUCUGAUUCAGCCUUUAUUGAUAUCAUUAAUUAAUAGUCCAGGCCUUAAAGUUUAAGUGUUUCAGAGUGUUAUAGGGCCCAUUGGGGUAAAAUGAAUUGCCUGUUUUCAAACAGAAUAUGUGUGAUAUAACUACAAUGUAUUAUUAUUGUUGUUAUUUCAAGAAAUGAUACUGCUGAUUGUUGAUUAUUACUCUUUGGUAUGAGGCUUUUUGUAUAAAAUAAAAGGCUGAGUUGUCUAACACCCAACUCUUGACCGUAUUAAAUAACCGUUAAAUAAAGCA